AUUCGUCAUGCGUUAUACAUUAUGCCUCCCUUGCAUGAGCGAGGGUCAAGCCCAUAGAGAAAAUCACGCCGCAGAGCCUGAGAUUGAUACGCAAUGUCGACGACAAACGAGGCUGCAUGUUCUGCGGAUUUGGCACGCGAGAAGCAGGAGCCAUCUGCGAGCCACGCCCCGGCGAUUGACGGCAUCGUAGCCGCCGCCGCCGGUGACCUGCAGCCGGAGGUUCUGCGUAUCGAGAUGGAAUCGACGCGACACGCCAUGCGGCAUCUCCAGCGGAGCCAGAAGGAGCUUCAGGAGGAACUCGAUGCGGAAGCGCAGGCCCAAUCGCCUGACGAAGAGUACCGUCAGACGUUGCAAGAAGCGAGAGACGAAAACUGGGGUGUCCUCGCGCGGCAGAUGGAGAGGCACAAUCGCAUUGCAGACGAACUCGCGAAAAAGCUCGGCAUAGAGCCUGGGCAUUUCCGAAUUACAGAGAAAGAUCUAGGCUUGGAUCUACCAACGAAUCAGGGACGGCAGCCUGCGGCACAACCGGACGGUUCCCAGCAAGUGGAAAACGGGAACUAUGAAGCGUCAGGUCUCUUCCUAUGACACGGACCGGGUCUCAUUGGCAUCUGAGAUCAGAUUCUUGAGAUCUGCGAGACCAUUAGAAUGAUCAAGGCACAAUACGGAGAUGCAAAGGGAUUGCAAACAAAGCUAAUAGUUCCUUGUUCGUCAUACAACCGAUCCCUUAGAUCGCCAUCGUUCCAUGCACACCACUUUAUUGAUGC